AUCUAUGAAACCAUCUAGCAUUACCAAUUCCGUUUUACCAUUAACAUCAAGCUAAAAGUACAAACUUUUGUACCAUAUUUCAUUAGAUUUAAAUUGUUUUGGACUUUUUCAAGAAAAUUGUCUGAUAUUUCCUACAUUGGUAAUUCUAGAACUCAAAGAUGGAUGUUGUCUUUGGACUAUACUUUGGAAAUAGCACCUGCUGUGUUGCUGUCAAUAAAAAUGGACUUGUCAACAUAGUGGCAAAUGCAGGAGGCGAUCGCGUCACUCCUGCAGUUGUUGCUGUACAUGAUGACGAGGUUGUGACAGGCUUGGCGGCUAAACAGGGCUUGGUUCGUCAUGGCCAGCGCUCGGUGCUAGGGGUGUUGCGUGAUAUAUCAGCGUCAGAGCCAUUGUUGAGCAACUUACAAGGCUCCUGCCUGCCAGAGUGGGAUGAAGAUGGUGACGUGUCAUACUGUGUUCAGACGGAUUCUGGCCCCAGGACUGUUCAAGCUUCCAAUGUUAUCAAACACAUAUUCCUGCAGCUGAAAG